CUUCAUAAUAACACAAUUUUCAUGUUAUUAGCGGCCAGUGAAACAAGCGCUAUUACUUUGAAUUUUUUGGUCUUUGUAUUAGCAAAUUUCUCAGAGAUACAAGAGAAAGUGUAUGAAGAAUUACUGGAAAUUUAUGGAACCAAAUCUCCAAGAUCGGCCCCAAUAAAAUACGAAGAUUUACAACGUAUGAAUUAUUUGGAAAAUGUUAUCAAGGAAACUAUGAGAUUAUUUCCUACUGUUCCACUAAUUGCGCGAAAGCUAACUGAGGAUAUAAACAUAGGAGAGAUUAUCUUACCUAAAGGCGCUGAUAUUGUUCUACAAAUAAUGUCCGCACAUCGAAACGAAAAGUAUUGGCCCAAUCCGUUAGUAUUCAAUCCGGACAGAUUCCUUCCUGAAAAUAUAGGAACGUCUAAUUCAUCUUACAUGCCGUUUAGUUUAGGAUCCAGAAACUGUAUAGGUAUAAAAUAUGCAAUGACUUCGUUGAAAGUUUUUCUAUCAACUUUGGUACGAACAUUCGUAUUUAAAAUAGAUAAAAGCAUUCCGGUAGAUGAAAUUAAAUUCAAUUAUGACUUGAUGCUAAAUUUUGCUGAACCUAUAAAAAUCAGAAUUGAAAAACGAGAUGUAGAUUGAAAUAGUCUUAGGAAUAUACUUAUUGAAAGAUAUUCUAAUAUUUUUUUGUACUAUAAUGUUUCUCUUGUAUACAAAGUAUUAUAUAUACAUAUAAUAUAGUAGACAAAAAGGAGCAUAUAUCUAUAACUGUACUAUACAAUAUUUGAAUGCAAUUUGAAUACAAUUUUGAAUAUUUUGUAAUACAUAAGAUAUUAGAUAAGGUAUUAGAUUGUAGUUUGAAUUUUCUGCAUAUUAUAAAAAGUUCUAUUAUUCUUCAACGGAUUAUAGCAACUAACAUUUUUCGUCAUACAUAAAAAAAAUAUAUAUAUGUAUAACUUUAUAUAAUAUCACGUAAAGAAAAUAAAAAGUAACAAAAUAA